AGAGUGGUGGUGCUCCUUGGCAGGUGGUGGUGAAGCUCCAAGGCCGGGCCAGGUGCUCAGGCAGCAGAAACUUUAGAGCACCAGGCCAUGCGCAGACAGACGUGGCCCUUACCUCCCCUCCAGCUUGGCCCUGGCUGGUGAUGGUGGAUCCAUGGGGUUGUUACCAAAAACUGUAACCAAGAAAACUCUCCAAACCUAAUGAUAGUUUAGAAAGCUGGCACUGACUGUUACAGCGCUGGGUGCAUGGGGAUCUUGCCACAAAGCAUGCACAUCCCAGAGCUAAAUCACCCUCAUUAUAUACAUCUUAAGUCUCUGAAUUUAAGUCUUUUGAUAUCAGAACAUUCGGAACACUGUCAAUGGCAGUUCCCUGGUGUUUGGAUUCACACGUGGCCACCGUGGCUCUGGUCAAUGGCCAGCUCACACAGCCAGGAGCGCAUCAUGCCUGUUGCUGCAGGACCCUGCAAGGACCCAAGGGGACAGCCUCCUGAGUGGGCAGCUCUGACUGUCAGGAGACCAAGCACCUCUGCUGAUGCUGGCAGUGACUUUGCUGGGCUUUUCCUUUUCCUUGUGCUGGAAGGACUUUGUCUUUGUCAGAGCUGAUAUCUCUGUUAAAGUCUCCUCUGGGACUAAUGAGCAUCUCAGCUUUGAUUUUCCAAGACAGAUGUAUACACUGGCUUCAGUGCUGUGGAAAUCAGCUGGGUGUUUUGUAGGGCUGGUGUUGGGUAUCUGCUGGAACCAAAAGCUAGGGCAUAGCAGACCUGAGUCUGGGCUUGGGACUGCUCCUGAGCAUGACAUGGGCUUGGUCAACACAGCUCUGACCUGUGGCUGUGGCCUGUGGGGAUAGCACCUGGGCUGUGUCCCUGCCAAGGUGUGUGCCAAGAAGUGCCACAUGUGCUUCAUAACAUCAGUCACAGGGAAACAUUCUCCAGUGUCCCCUCUUGAACCUGUUUGCUUGUCCCCUCCUGUCCCUGUGCCUAUUCAGAGCUUGCCAGCAACAGGCCAGGCCCUUGCUGGCCACUGCUGCGUGCCAGUGCUGCUGGCUGUGGCCAGCACGGGGCUGGGCUGCUGCCAUGCCUCCUACUGCCCUCCGGGUCUGGGGCUGCCUGUGUUCUGCCAUGCUGUGGUGAGCUGCAGGAGUGCUUUUUGGUGCUAACUUUUCCCAGGGGAAAGUUACUUGUGGAAACUGUGUGCACAUAUUGUGUGUGCAGCAGAGUCUGCGCCUGCUCUCUGGGGAAAUGAGACAUAAGGAAUGGGCAGCCCCAAGCAAUGCUGGGUGAUGCUGGAAGUAGGGGGCUGGGCUAGUGGGAGGCCAGGGUUGAUGGCAGCAGGGCCCAGCAGCCCCCAGUUGGGCUCUGGAGCAGCCACUGACUCUGUGGGCAUCUUGCACAUCAUCUCUUGCAUCCCCCUGCCCUCAUGUUCAGCCGUUGGCACCGCCUGGGUCUAAAGGAAGCUGUACAGAAAGUGGUGAUCGUGCUGGUGCAACACUAAACGUGUCUGAUCCAUAAUGUAUCAUGUUUGUUUUAUUUGAGUCAAAGAACAUGAAGAGUAGGAAGAGAGUGCUAGUGCCUUCAAGAGUUGGAGAGUCCAGAUCCAUCUUCUGGGCUACCUCGAAAGAAAAUCUGUGAAUGAAAAGCUGGGAAGCAGAGCCAGGGCUAAGAGCAUAUCCAGUCUGGGGAUCUGGACGGGUACAGUCUGAUGGUGAGGAAGGGAUAACUGGAGGCCUUGGAGCCUCCUGCAGCUCAUAGGCCUCUGAAAGCUGAACCUAUCCCAGAUUUUAGCAUUUCUUGCUCUGAGCAAACCCUUGGGCUGGGGCUGCUCUCUACUGGAGCCUGGCAGGAUUGUUUUGAAGGUUUGGCUGCUCAGCCUGAUACUUCUGCCUGGGCCUUUAUAGGCAGCUGUGCAUGUCUGCCCAGCCUGUGUGAGCUCCUUGUCCUCUGUCCUUUCUGGGCCAUGUCUUGGUGGACAUACAUUUCUGACAGACUUGGCUGUAAGGCGGGGAGAAGUUCUGCACCAUCCUUUCCAGAUGUCAUCAAAAUCCUCCGUGCUCAGCUGGUAGCACUUAGAUGCCUUUACUGCCACCAAGCUUGGCUUCCCCAUGGGACAUACUGGCCUGGUCUUUGCUGCAUAACCGGGAUGGGAAUUGGAAGCCUUUGGCUCUUCCUGGUGUGGCAGGGUUGAGCUGAGGAGGCUGGGAAGGACCAGCAUCACCGCAUGGGAUUGAUCUCCUUGGAUGCCUCUGACAUUGGGCUCUUGAUCUGGGAGGAGUCCCAGCAGACCAGAGGAGAGCAGUGGCUGUGGGUUUUGGUAAUGCCUGUUGCCAGCUUGGAGCCUGUGCUGGGCAGGGGGGUUCAGCAUGGGUGAGGGGAAGGAUCAGUGGUCUGUGGUGAGCCCAUGUGCCGUACUGUGUGGAGUGGGGUUUGCGCUAUAUGGGAGGCAAAUGAGGCACGUGUUUGUGAACUUUGUGUCUCAAAUGCUUGUCAAAUAUUUCUGGGUUCCUUGGCUCCCAUUCCUGGCGCUGUGGGAGCAGACAACUGCUGGCCCUUCAGCAGUGUCUGCUGGAGUGGGGGCUCCCACAAGGCCUGACAGCUUUGUUGGAGCACCAUGGAAAGGCUGCAUUGGGUAGGGUGUGGAGCUGAAACUACGCUGUGUCCUCUUGACUGUCCCCAUGGUGAGCAGCUCCAAGCCAGGGAGAGCAACAUGGAUCUCAGAAAUAACAUUCAUCCCUGAUUUGAUGAUAAUGAAAAUACAGAAAAAAGACAAGCAGCCACCCAGCUUAAAAGUGCUGAGCCGCUCCCCAAUGUCGGAUGCCUCGGACACCUGGGAGUGCAAGGCGCAGGGCCCCUUGGCCGGCAGCGAGGAGCAGCAGUCCCACAGGGCGACGGCCACAGAGGCAGGUGGGCAGUGCCUGUGCCCUGAGGAGCAGCCUGACGGGGCUCUGCUGCGGCGGCCAAGCGCCCAGAACGGGAUGCAGGACACUGGGGCUGUGGGCACGGGGGUGAAGAAGAAACGGAAGAAAAAGGAUUUGGGAGAGCAGGAAGGAGGAGAAAAAGCAGCUGUGGAGGUGAAACCAAAGAGGAGAAGAGAGCCUAAAGAACCAAAAGAGCCUAAAAAGGCCAAGGAGCCCAAGAAGCAGAAGGAGCCCAAGCAGAGGGAGGUGACCAAGAAGCCCCGGAAACCUCGGGAACCCAAAGCUCCCAAGGAGCCUAAAGACAGGAAGAGCGGCUCUGAGCCCGGCCCCAGAACAAGGCCGAAGAAGAGCAGCAAGGAGCAGGGGCCCACCCCCGUGGAGAAGAAGAAGAAAGGGAAGAGGAAAAAUGAGAUCCCAGUGGACAGCUUGGAUUUGGAUCAGGAUCUUCUGAGCCCAUCAGUACAGAGCCCUGAGGAGUCUGCGGAGUCAGCUGACAGCCAGAAACGACGCUCUGGCCGGCAGGUGAAGAGGAGGAAGUACAAUGAGGACCUGGAUUUCAAGGUAGUGGAUGAUGAUGGCGAGACGAUAGCUGUGCUGGGAGCUGGGCGAACCUCCGCGCUCUCUGCCUCCACUCUGGCAUGGCAGGCUGAGGAGCCUCCUGAGGAUGAUGCCAAUAUCAUCGAGAAGAUCCUUGCCUCAAGGAUGGUGCAGAAGGAGACUCAUCCUGGAGGCCUGACGUUCGAGAUGGAGGAAUUCUACGUCAAGUACAGGAACUUCUCCUACCUGCACUGUAAGUGGGCAACUCUGGAGGAGCUGGAGAAGGACCCCCGGAUAUCCCAGAAAAUAAAGCGCUUCCGAAACAAGCAGGCUCAGAUGAAGCAUAUUUUUACAGAGCCUGAUGAGGAUUUGUUUAACCCAGACUAUGUGGAGGUAGAUCGAAUUCUGGAGGUGGCUCACACAAAGGAUCCUGACACUGGAGAGGAGGUGACUCACUACCUUGUGAAGUGGUGCUCGCUGCCCUAUGAGGAGAGCACCUGGGAGCUGGAGGAGGAUGUUGACCCAGGGAAGAUAAAAGAGUUUGAAGCCCUCCAAAUCCCUCCAGAAAUCAAGCACAUGGAGCGCCCAGCAUCUGAGUCCUGGCAGAAACUGGAGAAGUCCCGAGAGUAUAAGAAUAGCAACCAGCUGCGGGAAUAUCAGCUGGAGGGAAUGAACUGGCUGCUCUUUAACUGGUAUAACAGGAAGAACUGCAUCCUGGCUGAUGAGAUGGGGCUGGGGAAGACAAUCCAGUCAAUCACCUUCCUCUCAGAAAUCUUCCUGAUGGGCAUCCAUGGCCCCUUCCUCAUCAUCGCUCCCCUCUCCACCAUCACUAACUGGGAGAGGGAGUUUCGCACCUGGACAGAGAUGAAUGCCAUCGUGUACCACGGCAGCCAGAUCAGCCGGCAGAUGAUCCAACAGUAUGAGAUGGUGUACAGGGACACACAGGGCAACCCUCUCCCUGGGAUCUUCAAGUUCCAGGUGGUUAUCACCACCUUUGAGAUGAUCCUUGCCGACUGCCCGGAGCUGAAGAAGAUCCAGUGGCGCUGCGUGGUCAUUGAUGAGGCUCAUCGCCUGAAGAACAGGAACUGCAAGCUGCUGGAGGGGCUGAAACUUAUGGCCCUGGAGCACAAGGUGCUGCUGACAGGCACCCCCCUGCAGAACUCAGUGGAGGAGCUCUUCAGCCUCUUGAAUUUCCUGGAGCCACAGCAGUUUCCCUCAGAGACAGCCUUCCUGGAGGAGUUUGGGGACCUGAAGACAGAAGAGCAGGUGAAGAAGCUGCAAUCCAUCCUGAAGCCCAUGAUGCUGCGACGGCUGAAAGAUGAUGUAGAGAAGAAUCUGGCACCCAAGCAGGAGACCAUCAUUGAGGUGGAGCUGACCAACAUCCAGAAGAAAUACUACCGGGCCAUUUUGGAGAAGAACUUCUCCUUUCUGUCCAAGGGUGCCAACCAGCACAACAUGCCCAAUCUCAUCAACACCAUGAUGGAGCUGCGGAAGUGCUGCAAUCACCCAUAUCUCAUCAAUGGGGCAGAAGAGAAGAUCCUGGAAGAUUUCCGUAAAACACAUAGCCCGGAGGCACCAGACUUCCAGCUGCAGGCGAUGAUCCAGGCAGCUGGGAAACUGGUGCUCAUCGACAAACUGCUUCCCAAGCUGAUUGCUGGUGGACACAAGGUGCUCAUCUUCUCCCAGAUGGUGCGCUGCCUUGACAUCCUGGAAGACUAUCUCAUUCAGAGGCGGUACACCUAUGAGCGAAUCGAUGGGCGGGUGCGUGGCAACCUGCGCCAAGCUGCCAUCGACCGCUUCUGCAAGCCUGACUCGGAUCGCUUUGUCUUCCUACUGUGCACGCGGGCAGGUGGACUGGGCAUCAACCUUACUGCUGCCGACACCUGCAUCAUCUUUGAUUCAGACUGGAACCCACAGAAUGACCUCCAGGCUCAAGCUCGCUGCCACCGGAUCGGGCAGAGCAAGGCAGUGAAGGUAUAUCGCCUCAUCACCAGGAACUCCUACGAGCGGGAGAUGUUCGACAAGGCCAGCCUGAAACUGGGCCUGGAUAAGGCUGUGCUGCAGGACAUCAACCGCAAGGGCGGCACCAAUGGGGUCCAGCAGCUCUCAAAGAUGGAGGUGGAGGACCUGCUGCGGAAAGGUGCCUAUGGUGCUCUCAUGGAUGAAGAGGAUGAAGGAUCCAAGUUCUGCGAGGAGGACAUUGACCAGAUCCUGCAGCGCAGGACGCAAACCAUCACAAUCCAGUCCGAGGGGAAGGGCUCCACCUUUGCCAAGGCCAGCUUUGUAGCAUCAGGCAACAGAACUGACAUCUCCUUAGAUGACCCCAACUUCUGGCAAAAGUGGGCCAAAAUAGCAGAGCUUGAUACCGAUGCCAAGAAUGAAAAGGAGAGCUUGGUCAUCGACAGGCCCCGUGUGCGGAAGCAGACCAAACACUACAACUCCUUCGAGGAGGAUGAGCUGAUGGAGUUCUCUGAGCUGGACAGUGACUCGGAUGAGCGACCCACUCGCUCACGGCGCUUCAAUGAGAAGACGCGGCGGUACCUGCGGGCUGAGUGCUUCCGCGUGGAGAAGAACCUGCUCAUAUUUGGCUGGGGACGAUGGAAAGAUAUCCUGACCCAUGGGCGCUUCAAGUGGCACCUGAACGAGAAGGACAUGGAGAUGAUUUGUCGAGCACUGCUGGUUUAUUGUGUCAAGCACUACAAAGGGGAUGAGAAGAUAAAGAGUUUUAUCUGGGAUCUCAUCACACCAACGAAGGAUGGCCAGAACCAGGCACUGCAGAAUCACUCAGGUUUGUCAGCACCAGUGCCCAGAGGCAGGAAGGGGAAGAAGACAAAGAACCAAAUGCUACUUCCUGAGAUAAAGAACGCAGACUGGCUUGCUACGUGCAAUCCUGAGGUGGUCCUGCAUGAUGACAGCUACAAGAAGCACCUCAAACAGCACUGCAACAAGGUUCUGUUGCGAGUGCGGAUGCUGUACUACCUGAAGGCUGAGGUGCUUGGGGAGGCCGCUGACAAAGCCUUCGAGGGCACUCCUGCCAGAGAGCUGGAUGUGCUGCUGCCAGACAUCGACUACGUGGAGAUCCCAGUGGACUGGUGGAACGCUGAAGCUGAUAAAUCUUUGCUCAUCGGUGUCUUCAAGCACGGUUAUGAGAGGUACAAUGCCAUGCGGGCAGACCCAGCGCUGUGCUUCCUGGAGAAGGUGGGCAUGCCUGAUGAGAAGCUGCUUUCUGCAGAGCAGGGCAUCAGCGACGGGGCUCAGGACACUGCUGAAAGGGGCACCAUGGAAAAGGAAGAAAGCAGUGGAGAAAAGCUGGAGGGGCUGCCAAAGCAGGAGGACGUGGCUGCUGGGGCAGGUGAAGCCGGCGAGAAGCGGGAUGAGCCAUCGGCAGCCCAGGAUGGCUCCGACUCAGACAGAUCCUGCUGGCCUGUCUCGUCUGCCCUCACAGCCAGGCUGCGGCGCCUCGUCACUGUCUACCAGCGCUGCAACCGCAAAGAGUUGCCUGCGCGCAGCGAGAUGCUGGUGCCUGGUAACCAUGGAUACUGGCUGCAAGAUGAGGUGUUCCGGAGAGCCUCUGAGAUGGACUCGGUGAACAAAGAGAUGCAGAAAAGGUGGACAAGGAGGGAGCAGGCAGAUUUUUACCGCACCGUCUCUUCCUUCGGGGUCAUCUAUGACCAGGAGAAAAAGACCUUUGACUGGACCCAGUUCCGAGCCAUCUCUCGUUUGGAGAAGAAAACAGAUGAGAGCUUAGAAAAGUAUUUCUACAGCUUUGUGGCCAUGUGCAAGAAUGUCUGUGGUCUCCCACUGUGGAAAGAAGAUGGUCCCCCAGAUCCCGACAUCUAUGUGGAGCCCAUCACGGAGGAGCGCGCUGCCAGAACCCUGUACCGCAUUGAGCUGCUGCGUAAGGUGCGCGAGCAGGUGCUGAGGUGUCCACAGCUCCACGAGCGGCUCAAGCUGUGCCGGCCCAGCCUCUACCUGCCCGUGUGGUGGGAGUGUGGCAAACACGACCGGGACCUGCUGAUCGGCACCGCCAAGCACGGCCUGAAUCGCACAGACUACUACAUCAUGAAUGACCCGCAGCUGUCUUUUUUAGAUGCGUACAGGAACUACGCCCAGCAUAAAAGAACAGGGAUCCCAGGCUCGGAAACUCUGUGCUGCCUGUACCAGACUAACUCCAAACUCUACAGUUCCCCUCUGUAUAGCCAGGUAGAUCGGACUUGUGAAUCCCUGGAGAAUGAGACUGAGAGUCAGAUCAAGCUGGAAAACACUGACAGCACCAUGUCCCAGGCUGGGGGCAGCCCGCCGGAUGCAAACUGUGAAACAUUCAUGUCUAAAGUUCGGGACAUCAUUUCCAGUAACUAUGAUGAGAGCUCGCUGCCGGACUCGCUGAUGUGCAUGAUGUAUGACGAGAAGGUCUGCAACAGUGAACAGAGCUCCCUCGCCCGAGACAGCCCGACCUGCACAGAUGUUGGAAGCAGCAUUGCUAAACUGUCUGAGGGCAAGCUAGAGGGGGACGAGGAUCCAUCCAGCUGUGACGCAGAGGCCAUGAGAGAGGCUUCCUUCCUGGAGGGUUUGCAGGUGGGCUGUGACCAAAUGGACUGUCAGAAUGAAGAAGCUGAGCCUUCACCUUCUACUCUUGAAAGUGACCCUUUGCGGAGCGUCCCAGCAGAGCUCUGUGAGGCCGUGCAGCAGAAGAGAGACCUCGGCAGCCCUGCGCCAGUGCUGCCUGAGCACCGUGCCAUGGAAGGGGUCAUAAGCGUGGGGCUGUACAGUCCCAGCCUUCACAACUAUGACAUGAAGGUUCCUCCUGAGCAGAGGUUCAUUAAUCUGCUGCAGGAGAAAGGAAUGGAGGCAAAAGCAGGUCCAAGUCAGAGCCACAGUGAGGAAGAUGAGGAGGAAGAGGACGAUGAUAACUCAGAGGUGGCAGCAGAUAUUGCAGAAGGCUUGAGUGGUCCAAGGGCCAGGGCCAGUUGUGACGAACUGGAGGGUGAGGAGCAGAGCCCUGGCCUCCCCACGCAUGAGGACGUUUGUCCUGAAGAUGUGAACAGUGAAAGAGGGUCCCUGGAGCUGGGGACGCUCGAAGUGCCCGCGGAGCCUGGGCCAGAGGGCAGGGAAGACCACAGCCUGGAUGAGGAGAACACCCUGCAGCACUUGCCAGGCCAGUCUCAGAGCCGGCCUUUCAGCCUGCCUGCCCCUCCGUUGGGGGCUCUGGGGACACAGCCCCUCCAUGCCGGGGGAGAAGCCUGGGGCCAAGAGGCCGAGGGGCAGGCAGGCUGCAGGGAGGCCCUGCACCCUGAGCCUCCGGGGGUGAAGCAAGAGGAGUGUGAGAUCAGAGAUGAGGAGGAGAAAACUGGCAACAGCCAGAAUCAAGAUGGCCCGGAGAAAUAUUUGGAGGAAGAGAGCAAGAGUUCAGCUUCUGUCCUGCCUGGGGAGAUUGAUGACCUGCAGGAUGCCCGGGCACCAACCAUCGCCCAGCUGCUGCAGGAAAAGACGCUUUACUCCUUCUCCGAGUGGCCUAAGGAUCGUGUGAUCAUCAACCGCAUUGAUAACAUCUGCCACGCCAUCCUGAAGGGCAAAUGGCCAUCCUCCAGCCAGCAGUUCGAGACCCAGAGCCUGCUGGCAGCCCCAGCCGUGGCCAGCAAUGCCGGCAGCAGGAACAGCUUUGCUGAAUCAGAAGCCCCCGAUCCCAGCUUCAACAAUGGAGUGUUAAUCUCACAGGUACCAAAGGAAGGCUUCCUGAACCCUGCCUUUGCAAAAGAUGAGCGGAAGCACAGGCGGCUGUAUGAAUUUGAGCUGGAGAGAGAUGCCAAGCAGAGGAGCUUGGAGCAGUUGGCAGCAGCCCAUGUUCAUCCUCCCAUUGUGCUGAACGGCUGGCGUGAUGCGGCUGUGGACCUGUCCAGAGCCUCUGAUGGAUCCCCAGGGAACUCCUCUCCUUUCCCUCUGAACACGAACAUGCCCAAGCUGGGGACUGUCAACACCCUCCAGGGCUCCCUGGGCAUGGACUUGUCCGGCAUUUUGCAGGCGGGGUUAAUCCAUCCUGUCACAGGACAAAUUGUAAAUGGCAGCCUCCGAAGAGACGAUGCUGCCAUGAGGAGGAGACGGGGCAGGAGAAAAAAUGUAGAAGGGAUGGAUCUCAUCUUCCUGAAGGAGAGGCCUCUUCCAACCAGGCUGCAGGACAUUCAGGACGAUCAGCUGCAGCCACCCCAGAACAGCCCCCUCCCAGAUGGGCCGGCAGCUGCUACCUCAACUCCGCAGCCAGUCCCAGCUGCAGGCAGCCAGGCUGAGAAGGCUGUCCCCAACAAGAGUCUCCUCGACUGGCUCCGUCAGCAGUCCGACUACACGCUUGACGUUCCCAGCUUCGGCACAAAUUUUUCAGACAAGCCCAAGCAGAGGAGGCAGCGCUGCAAGGACCCCAGCAAAUUGGACAUUAGUGCACUCACGGGCGAGGAGCGGGUGCCGGUGGUACAUAAGGGUACCGGACGGAGGGGCUACUUACCAGAAAGCAAAUUCAACCGUGUGCUGACUGAGCCGGUGCUGCGUGACGCAGGGCCGCGCCGCAGGGGGAGGCGGCCCAGAAGUGAGCUCAUCAAAGGCCCCGGCAUCGUAGCAGAUUCUUCUUCUGGAAUGGGACCAUUGUUCAUGAACGGACUGAUUGCCGGAAUGGACCUAGUGGGACUUCAGAACAUGAGAAACAUGCAAGGGAUCCCCCUGACCGGGCUGGUCGGCUUCCCUGCGGGUUUUGCAGCCGUGCCAGCUGGCGAGGACGUGAAGAGCACCCUGAGCAUGUUGCCCAUGAUGCUGCCAAGCAUGGCCACCGUUCCGCAGAUGUUUGGUGUCGGAGGGCUUCUCAACCCACCCAUGGCAACGACUUGUACCGCGACUGCUCCGACUUCCUUAACAAGCACAACAAAAAGUGGUACAUCGAACGCAGAGAAAGCUACUGAGGAUAAACAGAGCAGCCAGGAUGCGAAAAAAGAAACUCUUUCUGAAGAUAAGCCCGGCCCUAGUUCAUUUUCUAAUCAGACAGAAUCUGCAAUAACUACCAGUAGUCCUGUAGCUUUUAACCCGUUUCUUAUCCCAGGGAUGUCACCCGGACUGAUCUAUCCGUCAAUGUUUCUCUCCCCUGGCAUUGGCAUGGCGCUGCCGGGCAUGCAGCAGGCCAGGCACGCGGAGGCAGCCAGCCUGGAGAGUCAGAAGCGGAAGAGAAAGAAAGCGAAAGGGGACGCAGCGAACCCAGAACCAGAAACUGUCUCGCUGCCCGAAAAAGAAGCUGCAAACGGUCAAAACUGUACAGAGCAAACACCGCCUUUGCCAGCAGAGAAAGAGCAGGAUGUACCAGCAGAGGAGGAGGUCAAAGAAGUUAAUGAUACCAAUUAGAACUUUUGUUUCAUUGAAAAAAAAAGAUUGUGGCUUGUAAGUUUCUUAUCCCAUACCUAUUUGUUACUUAUCCUCCUGACCCCUCUCCACCUUCAUAAACCUGUGUUUCCAUGAGUAAUAUUAUCUACCUAACUCCCUGUCAGAAAACUAUGGUGACAUAUUAUAUGUUAAUAGUUGCAGGGUCUUGCCACUUUAUUAGAUAAACAGUGUUGUCUAGCUAGUGUGGGAGGCACAGAAUUCUCGUUCUGUUUUCCAGUCAUUCAUCUCGGCCGAGCAAAUCCAGUUCUUGGGCACCCCCCAAACCGCUCACACAUUUGAGAAGAAAAGGAAGUGAAAACAGAGCAAAAGCAAAGCUUUCACCUCUUGGUCUACACACUGACAGGGGUGGUUCUUUCUCCAGCGACACUGAGUGACAAAGCCUGUAUUUGGGGGUAAAAAGCACAGCUAUAGUAAGUGCUGAUGUGUAUUUUUGAUUUGAAAUAUUUCCCUAUUUUAUCAUGGUUACUAGAAUAGUAGUAUAGACAGAAGUAUAUACCUAAUGAUUGAAAAUGCAUAUAUUCAUUUCUUUGAAACAAAGAGACAUUACUGGUAGUGGUAUAAUUUCUCCAUCACCCCCACCUCAAAGGUUUGGAAACAAACAGCAGUGAGUGACGAUAUUACGUAGGCAUUCUUUUGUAUUUUUUCAAACCAAAGUUUGGUUUUACGUUAAGUGGAGUUUUCGUUGCCCUUUCCUCGAUAGUUACGAGAGCUUUUCAGCCCGAGCUGAAAACAUUUUGCACAUCUUGCAUGACUUUUUGGGAUUCCUGUAUACCCAUCGCUACCAGUUCCCCCAUGGCCCCGCUAGAAUCCCGUUCUCAUCUACGGCGUUAGUCCUCAUCUAUGGCAUUAGGAGUGCUGUAACGUUAUUUUUUCAGGCCACAAACAGGCCACACUGAUUUUAAUGCUCUUUUAUGAACACUGAGGCUUUUUGAGUUGCUGUCCAUUGGAGUCCAUGUUCAGAUGCGGCGUCUGUCAGAGCAGGGGAGGCUGCAGGCUGUGCUGCUCUGAGGGCAGAAGGACCGCAGGAUCUCCAAAGCUCGAGUUUGAUCUUCUUUCCUAGUGGUAGACUGUGAAGAGAUCACAUUUGCUUCUUCUUUCCAUUCCUCUACGUGCUGUUGAACAGUAUUUCCAAGUCCCCCCCAUCGGCAAAUGAUUUUGAUGUAUGCGUUUUAAACGGACAGGUUUUAAUGCAAUCAGUGCCCAAAAUUCUGUGUGUGUUGAGACACCUCCACAGGCGACUCCUUCGUUUCUCCUUCCCUUCACUCCUUUCGUUUCCCUUUCACUUGGGCUCGUUCUCCUUUGCAGCUCAUGGUUUGAGACUUGAAGUCAGCGCGGCGGGCGCUGGGAGCAUCAAGUCACCGGUCACACAUCUGGUCGUCACAAUUUACUGUAUUUUUUACUUAUUUUCUGUUACAGUUUUGCUAAUUUAUCGGAUGGUCCAAAUGUUUUGGCAUAACUAUUUCGGUUUGCAUUAUUUAUUUAUGCUUUCUUUUUUGUCAUUGUCUUUUAUACAUUUGGAAUGAUAAAUGGUGUACAUGUUGAAAUCAGCAUCUCAAAGAAGUCUGUUACCCACGAGCUGAAAAGUUCAUUCUUUCACGGACGUAUUCCCAGAUUCCUGGAUUGGGUGAUUUUUUAAAGUCUGUAACGAAUCACGAUGCAACUCCCCUCAAUUAAAUGUCUUCUAUUUAAUAACUUCCUCGUAGCAUAGAUACUGUAUCGCUAUCGACAGAUUUCUUAGAAAUGCUGCUAUCUCUAUUUAACUAACAUUUUGUUCAGUUUUGCCUCCAGUGGAAGCAGAAAGGGUUUUCUCAGCUGUUAAAUCCAAAAUCGAUAUAAUUUAUUUAUGUAAAAAAAAAAAUCACGAUUGAUAUAUUUUUGAACCUUUUAAGUACUAACUUUCUUUUUAUUCAGUAGAAGAACAUGUACUUGCCCUAAAUCCUUAAAAUACAAAUGCUAUAAAACUUCAUAUAUCUUCAAAGCCUUACUGUGACUGGAUGUAGACAUCUCUUCAGAGUCCAUUUCUCGCACGGGAUGGUUUUUCCAGGGUUACACUCAUAAGGAACAGGGUUUUAAGUGGCGUUUAUUUAAUUAGCUGGCAUGCUCUAUACCUUGUUCUUAUUAUCAGAUGUGUAUGCUAAGUCUCUGGGUGUUUAGGCUUCUCUUUGACUGCUACUUUGUGACCCUUUUGCAACCCGAUAUACUCUGUGGAUUCCUUAGGCUGUAAGGCAUUAAGUGGCUUCUUAUAAUUUUCCAUCCUAUCCAAAAGAAAUGCCAAAUUGUCGCCGGUUUCCAUGGAUACUCACACGAACAUCCAUCCUCCACCAAAUGUGCUAACAAAAUAAACGGUCUGUGCUCUUGGACAUGGAUAAAAAGAAAAAGAAAAAAAAAGAGAUUUAAAGGUCAGAUUUUUAUUUUUUUAAUUUAGUGACUAGAUGAUGCUUAUCUUUCAGACUUGGCAGAGCCUUGCUACAGAUGUAUAUAAUUUUUUUCAGCAAAUAUAUGUGAACGUUUAAUUCA